AUGGCGCCAGGCUGGGCCAGGGCCAGGGCCAGUGCCAGGCCAGGCCAGGCGCCAGGCCAGUGCCAGGCCAGGACAGGCAGACAGGCCAGUGCCAGGGUGGGAAUGGCAGGUCUGGGCCAGGGCCAGUGCAUGGCAGGGCCUGGGGCCAGGCCGAAUAGCAGCGCCAGGGCAGUGCCAUGGCCAGGGCCUGGGCCAGGCCAGGGCCAGUGCCAGGCAGCGGCGGCCAGGGCCUGGGGCGAGGGACAGGCAGUGAUGGAGGCAGGCAGGCGCAGGGCCAGGGCCAGGGCAGGCCAGGCCAGGGCCAGGGGCCAGGGCCCGGGGCCAGGGCCUGGGAGGCAGGGCCUGGGCCAGGCAGGCAGGGCUGGGGCCAGGGCUGGGCCAGGCCAGGCCAGGCCAGGGCCAGCGCCGGGCGGCAGGGCCUGGGGCCAGGCCAGCGCCACGGCCAGCGCCAUGGCCAGUGCCAGGAGAGGCAGGCAAGGCAGGCAGGCAGGCCAAGGAGAGGCGGGAGAGGCAGGGCCAGGCAGGAGGGGCCAGGGAUGGCCAGGGCUGGGCCAGGGCCAGGGGGCGGCUAGAGGCAGGCCAGCGCCAGGCCAGGGAGUGAGGCCAGGCAAAAAGGAGGAGGCAGGCAGCAGGCAGCGCCGCGAGCGCCUGGGGCCAGGGCCAGGCCAGCGCCAGGCCAGGGCCAGUGCCAGGGUCAGUGCCAGGGCCAGGCAGGGCUGGGCAGGCAGAGCCAGCCUGGGGGACAGCGCGAGGCCGAGGCCUGGGCCAGGGCCAGGUGCCAUGGCUCAGGGCCUAAAGGUAGGCAGGGCAGCGCCAGGGCCAGUGCCGAUGCCAGGGCUGGGGCCAGGCCAGGCCAGGUGCCAGGCCGAAUGCCGUGGCCAGGGCCUGGGGAGGGCAGGCCAGAGCCAGGCAGGCAGGGCCAGUGCCAGGGCAGGGCCAGGGCCAGGCACAGGCCAGGAGGAGGCAGGCCAGGCAGGCAGGGUGCCAGGCCAGGGCCUGGGCCAGGCCAGGCAGGCAAGGCAGGCAGGCUGGGCGGGCCAGGGCCUGGGCCAGGCCAGGGCCUGGGGUAGGCCUGGGGCCAGGGCCUGGGCCAGGGCCUGGGGCCAGGGCCUGGGCCAGGGCCAGGCAGGCCAGGGCCAGCGACACGGCCUGCCAGGCCUGUGGGCCAGGCCAGUGCGAUGGCCAGUGCUAUGGCCAGUGCCAUGGCCAGAGCCAGGGGCCAGGCCAGGCAGGCCAGGGCAGGCAGGCAGGAGCCAGGGCAGGCCAGGGCAGGGCCUGGGGCAGGGCCUGAGCCAGGCGUGCCAGGGCCAGGGCCCGGGCCUGGGCCGGGGCCAGUGGCCAGGGCCAGGGCGAGGGCCAGGGCCAGGCCAGGGCCUGGGCCAGGGCAGGGCCAGGGCCCUGCGGCCAGGCCAGGCCUCAGGCCAGGGCCAGGGCCUCCGGGCGGGGGCCAGUGCACAUGGCUCAGGGCCUGGGGCAGGCCAGUGGAGCGGCCAGGGCCUGGGGCCAGGCCAGCGCAGGCUGGGCAGCAGUGCAUGGCCAGGCGGGGGGGGAGGACAUGGAGGGCCAGCAGUGGAUGUAGGGCGGGAGGGGCAGUGUGGCGGCAGGGCCUGGGGCCAGGCAGUGCCAUGGGAGGUGGCAGGCAGUGCCAUGGCAGGUGGAGGCAGUGAAGAGGGCUAG